AUGUCCGCCUUCAACGAACAAGACCCCAAGCGGACCUACCGCGGCAACUGCCACUGCGCCGCCUUCGUCUAUGAGGUCGAACUCCCAGAGAUCAAGAGAGCGGGCGAGUGCAACUGCAGCGUCUGUGCCAAGAAAGCAGCACUCUGGGCCUCGUCUGCUCGCGAGGACUUCCGCGUCGUCAAGGGCGCCGAGAGCGAGCUAUCCAACUACAACUUUGGAUCGGGGCAGCUGACCCAUAAGUUCUGUGGAAACUGUGGUACCGCCAUCAUGGUGGACUUCCCCAACGGGCCGCCAGGUAUGAAGAUGGCGUUGAAUGUGCGCUCAAUUCAGGACCUCGACAUCGCCGGGCUGGAGAGAAAACCUUUCGACGGUGCAAGUCUUGGGCCCAAGUAUGAACCUCCGGUUCAUCAGGGCCCGAACCCGACAGCCGAGGUCGAGGGGGGCAAGCUCCACACAGGGAGUUGCCACUGCGGCGCCGUCACGGUGGCGGUCGUCAGUAAGCCCAUCAACGAGACAUAUGAGGGCCAAGUCAUCGAGUGUGAUUGCAGCAUCUGUGAGAGAAACGGAUACAUCUGGCUGUACCUCGAUAUCGACCAGGUCGUGCUGUCGGGAGACGACGACAGCAUUGGGCGCUAUGCCUUCUCCCACCGAAUCCUCUCAAAGACCUUUUGCAAGAUCUGCGGCGUCCCCUUGACCAACCAGUACAACCCGCUGACGGAGGAAGAACGCAGCAUGUUGACGGAGGACGCCCGGCAUUGGCACAACGUGUUCAGAGAGAAACACCCGGUGAAUGCGCGGGUGUUGAACGGUGUGGAUUGGAAGACUCUGAAGACGCAGCAUUCGGACGGCAAGACGCAAUUUCAGCCAGGGUAUGUGAACCCCUGA